GGGCAACAGCGCCUAAACAAAAGGCUGCGUGAAGUAGGCACAUAGCCGUUGAUUUGACUGCCUAGGUUGGAGAUGAGUCGUACCAGCAGUUACCCUGAAAAAAACGGAGACAACCAAAAUGAAGACCACUACCAAGGAGCUGGAGGUCAGAUCAACAGCACGGAGCAGCCUGAAACGAGACUGUUGUCCGAAUUUAGGAAAGACACAGAAGCACACAAAGUUUACCUGGCAGGACGCGAGUAUUUUGGUGAGGAUGGGCAAACAAUUGAACUGAGACUUGUCGGUAAAAUAAAACACCAGUUAAGUACAGACCCAACACUUCGACCAGAGUACCCAUCACCUCUUGGUCUGACAGAAUUUACCAGGCAAGUCACAAAAGUUACCUUGGGGAGGAGUUUGAAGCCAUUACUGGAGAGCAGGGUCUUGGACAUCCAAACUCCUGGUUUUAAUGCUGCUGUGCGUCUGGGGGCUGAACUCUUGAGAGACUGGUUUGAAAGCACUUCUUGGUCAGGGCAAGUGUACCUGUCUGUCCCUUGUGAUGGCUCAAUGGCUAGUAUCUUCGAGGCAGCAGGCAUCCAUGAUAUCCGCCAGUAUUACUACUGGGAUGAUAAGCAGCGUGGUGUUUGUUUGGACAAGCUUGUGGAGGAUCUGGAGAGAGCUCCACAGGAAAGUGUUGUGGUUCUGUCUGUAUCUGGCCAUUACCCGACCGGAGCAGACCUUACUGAAAAUCAAUGGGAUGUUAUUACUCAAAUCAUUAAGAGGCGCAAGCUGUUUCCUUUCUUUCUACUGCCCGUACAUGCUCUCAGUACUGGGGAUUUGGGGCGUGAUUCAAGACCCAUUCAGAAGUGUGCAGCGCUGGGGAUGGAGCUCAUCUGUGCACAGUCAUUCUCCCACUGUUUCGGACAAUACGGUGAGGCUGUCGGUCAUCUUUUGUGUGUUUUAAAAGACAACUCUCUUCUGAUUAAAAAGCAGUGUCGUGCUAAGGAGAUUGUGAAAUCCUUGUGGGCUCAGCCUUCUAUGAUGGGCGCACAUAUUGUUGCCACUAUUCUCAGUAAUCCAGCUCAUUUUGUUGAGUGGCAAGAGGAGAUAAAGUGCAUUGUUGAAAGGUGCAUGUUGAUCCGACAACUUUUGAAAGAAAGACUGAGGCAUUUGGGAUGUCCAGGCAUUUGGGACCAUCUCACUACACAGCAAGGACUAUUCAGCUGUAUUGGAUUAAGUGGCCCACAGGUGGAAUUCUUGGCAAACUCAAAGCAUAUCUACCUUCUACCAAAUGGCUGCCUAAAUGUGAGUGCAAUCAAUGGAGUGAAUCUGGAGUAUGUAGCAGAGUCUAUCCAUCAAGCCACUUCGCUGUGACAUUGUGAUUAUUACAGAGGUCAAGGCACUGGUAUUGAAAUGAGUCCUUAAUCUGUUCAGGCUAAAAGCUCUACUUUUAAGUGACAAGGUGUUACAACAUGUAUUACAUAUAAGCAGUUGUGUGUAAGAACAAAGAUAUCAUGCAUUGU